AUGGCGGACGACCUAUCAGAAUCGCUAGAAAAGCGCAAGUGCCUAGGAGCAGACUGCGAGAAUGAUGCUGGAUCUUUACAGUGCCCAACCUGCUUGAAGCUGGGCCUGAAAGACAGCUACUUCUGCUCCCAGGAAUGCUUCAAGAAGAACUGGAAUGACCAUAAGGCCAUGCACAAAACGGUCCAAAAUAAGAAUGGAUCUAACGCAGCUCCUGGGUAUUUCAAUCCCUUCCCGACCUACAGCUUCACCGGCUCUGUCCGGCCUGUCUAUCCGCUUUCUCCGCGGCGUACGCUCCCCAAGUCGAUCCGACGACCAGACUGGGCCGAGACUGGCAUACCAAAAGCGGAGCGGCGCUUGAACAGGUCCAAGAUUGACCUUCUCGACGCCAAGGGGCAAGAAGCAAUGCGCAAGGUGUGCAGAUUGGCUCGAGAAGUCUUGGACAUCACCGCCGCCGAGGUCAGGCCGGGAGUUAGCACAGAUUACCUGGACGAGGUUUGCCAUAGGGCUUGUGUCGAGCGGGAUUCGUAUCCUUCUCCUUUGAACUACAACCAUUUCCCCAAGUCCAUAUGUACUUCUGUCAACGAAGUAGUUUGUCACGGAAUACCCGAUUUCCGCGUCCUUCUGGGCGGCGAUAUCAUCAACCUUGACGUCUCAUUAUAUCAUGGAGGGUAUCACGCCGAUCUUAGCGAGACGUAUUAUGUUGGCGAUCGAGCCAAGGCGGACCCGGACUCGGUCAGAGUGAUUGAAACGACACGAGAAUCCUUGGAUGAGGCGAUCAAGACCGUGAAGCCCGGUACACUAAUACGAGACUUCGGUAACGUCAUUGAGAAGUACGCCAAGGCCAGAAACUGCAGCGUCGUCACGACCUGGGGUGGUCAUGGUAUCAACUCCGAGUUCCAUCCCCCGCCCUGGAUCCCUCACUAUGGCAAGAGCAAGAUAGCAGGAGUGUGCAAACCUGGAAUGACGUUCACAAUCGAGCCGAUCCUCACGGUGGGAAAGCCUCGGGAGGUUUACUGGCCGGAUAACUGGACAAACGUCACCGUGGAUGGCAAGCGAACUGCUCAAUUCGAACACACUUUACUUGUCACGGAAACAGGCGUCGAGGUCUUGACUGCGCGAACGGAGAAUUCGCCAGGAGGCCCGGUGCCAAUGCCGACAGGCUCGAAAGACACAGGAAAAGUUAAUGGAGCGUAA